AUGGGUUUUCCGGAGGAGAGAUUCCAGAUAGUUUUGCUUCCUUUGUUGCAAGCUCUGAAUCUUCAACGCAAUAAUCUUAGUGGUCCUAUUCAUGCAAGUGUUGGUGGAUUAAAGGAGCCUGAAGAUCUAGCUUUGUCUUAUAAUGAGUUAUCUGGUAACAUUAUUGGGAACUGCAGGAGGCUUCAUCUCGGUUCUAGCAAUUGCAAGAAGCUGAUGACUUUAGAUCUGUCUUUCAAUGAUUUCAAAGGCGGUGUUCCGCCUGAAAUCGGCAACUACAGUAGCCUUCAGUCUUUAGCCAGGGAAAACUGCAACUUGACUGCUAAGGAACUGCAGCAGCUUGGUGAUACCUUGAAGUUGAACAACAACCAGCUCCAAGGCAAGAUACCUCAUGCAUUGUGUAAGCUAAAGAAGCUACAAAGCCUGGAACUUUUUCGUGAAUUAGCUCUCCAGGGAGGUACCACCCAAUCUCUGCAAUGGACACUGAAAGUUUUCAACUUGGGUUCUAAUCAGCUUCAUGAAUUUCCUGAGAGUCAUCAUAGUCUUUCCUAUGUGAGCCUCCACAGCAAAAACUUUGAAGGACCCAUUCCGCGCAGCUUGGGAAGCUGUAAGAAUCUUCUGACCAUCGAUCCUGAAGAGGUAGGAAAUCUUCAAAACCGCGGAGAGUUGUAUCUUUCGAAUAGUCAUCUGGAAGGUCCUCUGCCAUCGCAGCUUUCAGGCUGUGUGAGAAUUCUGAAAUUUGAUGUUGGAUCCAAAUCAUUGAAUGGUUCUGUUCCAUCGAGCUUCAGAAGCUGGAAGAGCUUGUCAACUUUAGUUCUCAGCGAUAAUCAGUUUUCAGAAGCCAUUCCACCAUUCUUGGCAGAGCAUGACCGCCUCUCAGACCUGCGGAUAGCUCGAAAUGCUUUUGGAGGUGAGAUUCCUUCCUCUGUUGGCUUGUUAAAGAGUCUGCAUUAUGGCUUAGACCUAAGUGGAAAUGGAUUCACGGGUGAGAUUCCAGUCACACUGGUGAAUCUUAUCAAUCUUGAUCGGCUCAACAUAUCCAACAACAAGUUGACAGGUUCUUUACUGGUUCCUCAACGUUUUAGGUCCUUACUUCAGGUUGACGUCUUGAAUAACCAGCUCACAUGGCCAAUACCAGAAAAGCUGAUAUCAGAUAUGUCGAUGUUUUCGGGGAAUCCAGACCUCUGCAUUCAAGCUUCUUCUUCACACCUGGAAGAUUACCCUUUAGCAGCUGGGUCCUCUCUAUUCGUAUUUGCUUUGCUUUUUGCUCUGGUUUUGGUUUUCCUCCGCCACAAGAGAGGAGCCAAGACAGAAGAUGCUCAUGUCCUCAACGAAGAAGAAGGUCUGUCCUUGUUGCUGAAUAGAGUUCUUGCAGCCACUGAGAAUCUAGAUGACAAGAACAUCAUUGGAAGAGGAGCUGAUGGAGUUGUUUACAGAGCCACUUUAGGGCCAGGCGAAGAAUACGCCGUGAAAAAGCUCAUCUUUGCGGAACACUUACGGAGUUGUUUUACUCGAGCUGGUGACAAGAAAGAGAGCAGUGGACAGAUCUUCCAGGAGGAGACUGAUAUCAUGAGCUGGGUCAGAUAUGUAUUAAGCAGCUACGAGGAUGAUGAUACUGCUGGUCCAAUUGUUGAUCCAACGCUCGUAGAUACAAAGCUAAGGGAACAAGCAAUCCAAGUUACAGACUUGGCACUUAGGUGUACGGACAAGAGGCCAGAGAAUAGACCUUCCAUGAGAAAUGUGGUGAAAGAAUUGACUGAUGUGAAAGAGCUAGUAAGAAAGACGUCUGUUUCGGUUCAGUAG